GUCCACUUCCCAGACGUAGAGAGGGUGGAGUGGCUGAACAAGACGGUGAAGCAGAUGUGGCCGUACAUCUGCCAGUUUGUGGAGAAGCUGUUCCACGAAACCAUCGAGCCGGCUGUGAAGGAGUCCAACGCUCACUUGAGCACCUUCUGCUUCAGCAAGAUCCACCUGGGAGACAAGCCGCUCAGGGUCAACGGGGUCAAGGUUUACACGGAGAACGUGGAUCAGAGACAGAUCAUCAUGGACCUGCAGAUCAGUUUUGUUGGCAACACAGAGAUUGACGUGGACAUCAAACGCUACUACUGCAAAGCGGGCAUCAAGAGCAUCCAGAUCCACGGCGUGCUGAGAGUGGUGAUGGAGCCGCUGCUGGGAGACAUGCCUCUCAUCGGAGCUCUGUCCGUGUUCUUUCUCAAGAAACCA